UUAAUGUUCUAAGGACCUUGAAUCGUCUUAAUGACAAACUUGAAAUUAUAUUGUUGAUACCAGAUAUCUAACCUAACAUACUUUGAAAAAGCGUAACAGGCUUGUUUUUGUAUAGUGUAUGGUAUUUAUUGCCACAGUGAUCGUUGUUACGGCUUGUUUAUUUACAGUAUGAAGAAAUUGUACUGAAUUUGAAGGAGAAAUAUCUAAAAAGAGAAUAGAAUUUUCUUUUAUUAGUAAAACUUUACGAGAGUGCAAUAAAUAUACGACUUCAAGUAAAAAAUUAACGAUGUCUACAUUUAAGCCAAGUGAUUCUAAAAAAGAGGAAUUCCGUAAAUAUUUAGAAAGAGCAGGCGUUAUGGAUGCCCUUACUAAAGUACUUGUUUCGCUAUAUGAAGAAACAGAAAAACCAAAUGAUGCUUUAGAAUAUAUACGUAAGAAUCUUGGAGACAUAACCGAGAAUGGUCUAGAGAUUGACACAUUAAAGAAGGAAUUAGACGAUGCUAGAGCAAAAAUUAAUGAAUUAAGAGAAAAACUAGUUAAAUAUGAAGUAGACGAAACAAAUGAUUAAAUGCAGACUUUCUUACAUUAACUUUUUUAUUAAUAAAAUAAUAAUAGAAACUGGACCUUAACUAAGCAUUGACAGAGUUACAUUAAUUAUAUCUUUAUAUGUGUAUUUUCAAUAUUUUGAAAAUUUAAAUGUAUAAAAAAUAUAAAAAUCUGAAAAUAAUUGUCUUAAAACAUCUAA